AUGUGCUGCCCUGUGGUGGUCAGAGCCAGUCCCAAGGACGAUGAGAAAACGGUGACGGCGGAGGACGUGCAGCAGGUCCACGCUGCACUCGAGCGCUGCAUCCAGCGCGGCCUGAACAAGCUGGAGGCUGUGCAGCUGCUGGCCCGCCUGGGCGUGGCCCCCAAGUUCUCGCUGCUGGUGUGGGACCGCUUGGAGGCCGAGAACAAGGAGUUUUUUGCGGCCUACAACACCCAGCUGGCAGCCACGGCGGAGCUGGAGCGCUGCCACCUCUGA